AUGUUGGCAUUUUUCCUACUUGGAAGUGUUGUGGCCUACAACUUGGUCAUGGUGAUCUACCGACUCCAUUUCCACCCAUUGAACAAAUUCCCGGGACCCCGCUUAGCCGCCGCAACAGGACUGUAUGAGGUCUAUUUUUCAGUUUGGGGUACCAACGGAUUCAAUGAUGAGAUUGAAGAAAUGCACCAAACAUAUGGCCCGGUGGUUCGCAUUACGCCCGAUGAAGUGCAUGUUGAAGAACCGACCGGAACUCGCUCUGUAGACCGGUGGAUCAAAGGGACACGGACACUGCAGACUUACGGACACUCGCGCAAGUUCCAGAUCAAGCGGCGAUCCAUCUCCCGAAUGCGAUCGAUGCUACGGGUGGAGAUCAACCAGAUCAUCAGUGGGCUGGUUGAGAAGCAUUUGGUGCAUCGGGUGGCUAGCACCAAAUUGCGACCGUUGAUGCGCAAUAGAGUUUGGACAGUUGGAGAGAGUGAUCUAGAAGACGGCGAUCAGGCGUUUAACGUUUCCCAAUUACCGCCCUCUGAAAUCAAGGCCUGA